GUAGUAAAAACGAGCCCGUCAACAAGAUUGCAAGAGCGGUGGGCAUUUUCCUGAAGUUUCGCAACUUUCAACCUAAUAAAAAGCAAUUAGUAGGCAGAGCUACAUUGCGGUGCACUCUGAUGUACCUGACACGCAAAUUUGGAGCCAGUGGGCUCUAGCGCUUAUAUAAUGGCCUUGACACUGUGUCGCAAAUUUUUGGCCUGGCAAGUGCAAGGCCAACGAAGGCGGCUGCUUAGCACAGAACUGACAGCUGCACUGCGUCCAUUCUACUUUGCCGUUCACCCGGAUCUCUUUGGACAGUAUCCGGAGCAGAGGCAGACUAACGAAGAGUCCUUGAAGAUGCUCAGCGCACAUCUGGAGUCACUUUAUGAGCGCAACUAUCGGAGCACCCAGGAUGCCAAGGUGCUAAAGUUUUAUGUGCGCGAGAGCGCCGAAGUCGAAAAACGUGACUCGUUCAAACUGGUUCAGAUUCGCAUGGAUAGUCAUGCGCGCGACGCAAAGUCAUUUAUACAGAAUCUACUGGAGUUAUGCAAUCUCUCGACUGAGUACAUAAAGACUGUGAAAACGGCGACGCACAGCAGGCCGCAGGAGCAGAGCAUGGCCUACAAGCCUGGCCAGGAUUACAACUAUGAUGUGGAGUUUGCGGAGUUCGAGUCGGAAUUUCGUCACGAACGCGCUGAAAAGAAGCCUGAUUUGGCCACUUGGGUGGCAGAUAAUGUAGAGAAGGCCAAUCAACGCACCAAAGACACAGCGGAACUCAAAGCCGAAAUUGAUAAGCUGCAGGUGGAGUUGGUAAAAAAGCUGCAGUUGCGCGAUGCGCGCUACGAAUGCGGCUGGAAUAUUGAACACUACCGGGGGUGUCUGAAAACUCUGGAGCGUUUGGCCAACACGCACAUGACUGAUUUGGACGCGCUUCGCAAUCGAAUCGUUGUUUUCGCGCCCUUCACAGGAAUCAGCCUGGAAGGGCAUGUGAUGCUGUUUACGGGCGAUGUGCUCAACAAUUGGAUUGAUUUUAUCAAGAACAUUCCAAAACACGAUGCCUACCUCAAAGUGGUGCCCGUGUACGAGCAAACGCUUGCCCAAGUGUUGCGCGGCAUUCAGAUUGGGAGACGCAAAUUUAUGCCAAAACAACAGGCCAGCGGGUAUGCUAAUCAUUUAAUGAAGGUUACGACAUCGCUGAACGAUUAUCUGGGCAAGCAGAAAUAUCCGAAAGCAUGGCCCGAAUCUCUGGGAGAGUUCACCAUUGUGGUGGAAUCGGAGGCGGGCCCCUUAAUGGUCAGUCCAACGGGUCAAUAUAUUACGCCAGCCACGUGUCCCGGCGCCAUACUCGUCGAUUUCAUCACACAACACAUGGAACUGGCACGUGAGCGCAUGCGCAAAUACGAAGCGGACAAACACAUCGAGCAGCAGCUCAUCGAUGAGUGUAUGAGUCAACUUAAGCUACAGGCAUUAACCAAAGACGAUGCUGUCACGCCAGAUAAAAUGAUAUCAGCCUUGAGUGAACUGCGCCAAUGCCAGCCACAGUCGUUUGCGCACCUCAAACUUCAUAUAACCCACUACUAUUCCGUGCUGACAGAUGGUAUUGUGUGCAUACCAUGGGACUUUAUGAAUAAUAAAUAGAGGACUAUUAGCAUUAUUAUUAUUUUCUCAUGUGCCUUACGAGCGUUUCCGGCUGUGAAUCAGUGACCAGGAAUAAACUCAUGUCUUCUCAUA